UUCAACUUGAAAAGACUGUCGCAUCCUAUUAGGACUUUAUUUUUUGCACCUUAAAUGUUGCUGAAUGAAUGCAAAAAACAUUUUUUUUAAUUAUUAUUUGGCUUGAGUAGGCUUUUAAGGCACAGCUGAUUUAAUUAAAUAGCUUAAUACAUAAGACUGCAAGACAUUUCUGUAUUGCAUAGUCUUAAACAUCAUUGUUAUGAGAAUGACUGGGGAAAUAACAAGCACACACAGGUUCCUGAGGACCUCCAAAUGCUGCCACAUGGACCUCAGUGUUAACAGGAUGACAGACAGAUCUAAGGAGGUGAGAUCAGAGUCUUCAGCUUAUAAGAAGGGUAAAAGCACUCCAACCUCUUUGACACAGUUGUGCAAACAGCUGGAGGAGAGAAUCACUCGGAAAUCACAGCGUUACCCCAUCCACCAUGAAGACUGUCAGUCUCUGACUGCAGUGUUGAUCUCUGAGCUGGGUCUGAUCUGGCAGGACCUGAAAACCCCGCCUGUGGACACCACACUCACCCAGGAAGAGAAAGUGCAGCUGCACUGCCAGACAUUCAGUGAGGUGCUGCACAUCUGUGAGCAGCUAUUUCUGCACUCCCUGCAACUGACGGAGACUCUACGGAGGCGAGGUGUCUUCAGCGACCAUGUCAACCACAGCAGGGUGGCAGCUCAGCUCGCUAUUGACUGCACCAGUCUCUUGAAUGUCCGAUCCAUAAGAUGCAGGAUUGUCACAGGAAUCAAGAAUGCACGGAGGGUCAGACAAAGUGCUGUUACACACGCACUACAUAUGCGCUCUCAUAACAAUGAGAGGUCCAUGACGGCCACACCAUGGGAAAAAGCUGUGGAGGAUGACCUCAAGGAGAUUCAGGAGAAAAUUGGAGAGCUGGAUCUGCAACGUGUGUAUGACCUCCUGCCCUGUAACAUGGAGCCAAUUACCUACAAGACAGACACACAUUGUUCUAAAACCAGUAUGUCUAAUAUACUGAAACAAGAGCUGGAUCAGAGUCCCCGUCAAAACCCGUUGGUCAGAAUAAAGGGAUGCCAUUCCAUGCCUGACCUACAGAGGGAGACACUGCUGGAGGAGCUGGAGAUAACGCUGCUUGAGCGGCCUCCAACCCCAUUAGUCCCACUGUCCACAGAUCCUCCCUCCAGUCUGGAGAAGCACACCAGUCCCGGGGAGGAUCUGAAGAGAUUAUUACAGGAGAGUGAAUACGAGGAUGACGGUAACUGUGAGACAGAUCUGUGCUCGCUUAUAGAAUCCCUGACCUGCUAUAGUUCCAGCAGAUUCCAAAGGCUCAAGCUAAAACUACAGAAAAUGAUGGAGGAAGAUGAGGAAAUGAAGAAGCACAAAGUUCUUGUGAAGAAACCUCUGCACCCACAAGGAGAUGUGGUCAGUGUGGGGUUUUCUCCUCAAAUCAUCAUGUGCACAGCAGUGGCCCGAGUGUCCGAUAGAGUUCUCCCAGAGGCCAUCAAAGUCAGCAUGUACCCACCAGUCUACAAUGAGCUCACUAAAGAGGUGGUACUCUGA